AUGUCGCGGCAAACGCUUGCCAGCAGCGGAGAGGGGCCGGAUCGAACUUCGACCAACUUCACAGAGAGAUGGCCGAUAGAGCUGUGGCUCAACGUCUUCGACCUCGCCUAUCCCAUACAAACCUGGGAUCCGCGUUUAGUACUCCGGGACUCGCUCUCACUUUCCUGGGUCUGUACGCGGUGGCGCCAAGCGACAAUCGGCUACACACAGUUCUGGAGUACCAUCGUCUUGGACUGGCACUCUGAGCUACUGGAGCUAUACAUUCGACGCUCUGGAGAUCACCCGCUCCACGUAUACUUUAACCCGGACCAAGGAGACCCGGACUUCAUCGACGAGGAACGGCAUACAAUUCAACGCAACUUUCGUCAAGUCUUUGGCGAUGCGUUCAAUAUGGGCAGGAUCAGGCGAAUGGAUCUCACGGUACUCGACACUUCCCUCAAUAUCGUCUUGGACGAGUACGUCUCUCAGCAUGAAGCACACGCCCUAGAGACCUUUAUAUACAACACCGAGAACUACGGGUUGCGCAGGCGGCCGGCAUUCGCGCGUGCGUUCAGUGGGAUACCACCCCCUCGCUUACGCUGCCUCACUUUAUCCGGCGACAAGAUACCCGUCCACUCGCCGAUAUUGAGCCCAGCGCUACAAGACCUCACCCUUGACGGCAUGAACUUGGGUGGGCCUGAGGCAAUCUUCGGUGUUCUCCAGUCUCUGCCCUCCCUCAACCGCCUACGACUCUUGAAUAGCCUGGAUGAUCUACGUAAUGGCAAUCUAUUCCUUGGAACCACGGUCGAGUUGCCCUAUCUAGAGAACUUGGAGCUCGGAGACGAGACGCUGGCAGUCGUGAACUUCGUUCGCCGGCUGCACGUUCCUCACCUUCAAGACUUUCAGGUGUCGAUCAUGCACGAAUCGCUCACCAUCGACGUGGCCCACAUACGCAACAGCAUCACCGACACGUUCACCGCCGUCGGGCAAAUGCUAAUAUUCGAUGCGGACGCCUCACGACCGUCAUACAAUGAGCUCCGCGUUCGAUUUGGCGUCAUGUACAGCCACCUUGAGUUCAUCCUAUCGGGCGGCCAAGACGGACUACCGGAGAGACUACACUUCUCGUUCCAUGAUACCGACUAUUUGGACGAGUUUCAGUUCGACGACAGUGCAGAAAGCAACCCCAACAUAGUCCUCGUGCGUCACGGGUUGCGCGAGCUUCCAUUCGUGUCGAACCUGCAGAGUCUCGUCAUCGGCCCAACGGUCGACUUCACAAGCGUCGAUGAUUGGACCGAAGCGCUCGAAGCCAUACCGCACAUUCAAGCUGUGCAUUGCAUGGGAGCAGAUGGCGCUUACGUCGCCUUGGGGUUGGCUCGAGCUCUGCGCGCUCGCCCCACGCUCUUCGCUCGAUUGACACGCAUCAGCUUGUUCAAUUUUCUAGGCUCGGCUUCGAACUUUGACCAAGAACUGGGCGCGUUCUUGACCAUAGUGGCGGAAGGAAGCGACGAUGCUGCUGCUAUUGAACGGGAAAGCCCGUUGGAGCUAUCCAUUGAGGGCCGUUGUAACCUCCCACCUGAAACGCUUGAGCGCCUACGCAGGGUGCUGGGCGUCACGUCCGUGCGCGUAUCGAAAGGAUAA